AUGUCUACAUCCGCUAUUCUAGACCGCUACAAACUUGUCUUCUUCGUCCCGACCGAGAACGCAGAGCCUUGUAAAGAAGCCAUCUUUGCAGCGGGCGCAGGGUCAUUCCCAGGCGGGAAAUAUACGAAGUGUUGCUUCCAGACAGCCGGCAUCGGGCAAUUCUUACCCAACGAAGGCGCAGACCCAGCGGUCGGGGCUGUCGGCGCUUUGGAACGGUGCGAGGAGCUCAGGAUCGAGGUCAUGUGCCUGGGACGACAUGUGAUGCUGAGCGCAGUAGAUGCCCUCAUCAAGGCACAUCCUUAUGAAGAGGUUGCUUAUGAGGUGUAUAAGAUGGAGAAUGUUUAG